GGAUGAGUUCUUGACAUCUUUUUCUGGCAAUGGCUGCGUAAAAAAACAGUGAAGGUGCAUUAAAAGAUCCGUGUUUUUUUUCCCGGUAAUAACAACCGACUCAUCUCACCUUGGCCGCUCUCCAGCCAAUGCGGGGCAGAAAGGAGUGGCAGGGAUCCAGGGGCAGUCCACAUACGCGCUGUGUCUUUAAGCUCCGGUGAAAUCCAUCAGGAGGGGGGAGAGUCGCAACUCCACAUGAUCAGUGUGUUUGUGCGCUCAUUACGGUGGCGGGACCUGCUCUGUGUUAUUACGGUGGAUUUUUUUUAGUUUAAAAAGGCGCAGGGAUGGUUCUUCUCGCAGUUGAAACGCAUGGAGUAGAGUAGAAAAAACGGGGGCUUCAAAAACCGCCUAAUCAUGAGGUGCCACUGGGUUAUUUUUGCCUCACAUUUUCUUCUGCUGCCACUAACAGUGUGGUGCGAGCCAAUCAUCUCCCCAGAAGGGCCUCACGUAGUGGUUCCCAAGAGGGGGAAGCUGGAGCUGCGUUGCCAUGACAACGCCACAACGCCCGGCGCCCCGUCCGGCUUGAGGUGGCAGCGGGAGAGGGCUCGCAGGCUGGAGGGAGAGGUGGAGGAGGGUGGGGUGGUUUAUGUCAGGGUGCCGUCGGUGCAGGCCUUCCACAUGGGUCGUUACGUGUGCGUCAACAACAGCACACUGGAACACAGCUCCAUCUAUGUUUAUGUGAAAGACUCCCAGAAUGCCUUCCAGCGCACCAUGGUGAACGUCAUUCUGGUGCGAGCAGGUGAGAACUGCACCAUCCCCUGUCUUGUGACCGACCCUGAGGUCACCCUCCUCGCUUUGGAGACUUGUGACGGACGACCUUUGCCCUUCAGUAUGAGUUACCACAGCAACCUCCAGCGAGGCAUCAUCAUCAGCAAUGUGAGAAAGGAACACGAGGGCUGUUAUGUGUGUGUGGGACAGCUCGGUGGAAUCAAAGUGACGUCUACUCAAUACACUGUGGAUGUACGACUUGUUCCAGUGGUGCCUCCCGUGAUCACACUGUCCCAUAAAGACAGAGUUAUCUUGAGGAAAGGAGAGAAGUUUGAGCUUACCUGUAGCUCCACCAACGUCAACCCAGACUUCAGUCUCAAGUGGGACUUCCCUCCAGCAGUGCAUCCGAAUGAAUCUCAAACCUCACACAUCCUGUCCGGUUCACGUGGUUAUGAGAGAUCCACCAUGCUCUUAAUCACAGCUGUCAACCAAUCAGACUCAGGCACCUACCGCUGCUACGCCCACAACGAGAGAGGCACCAGUGCCAUAGCGCUUCAGCUGAACAUCUUUGAUCAGGGGUUCAUCACCAUGUUAGGAAGCCCAGGUCCAGUACAGGCGGAUGUCAAGGAGGGAGAGAGCCUGAGCCUGAGAGUAGAGUUCGAUGCCUAUCCCUCACCCAGGUCCUUGUUUUGGUCUUACAACGGCAGGCGGCUCCUCAACACCACAGAGCAUGUCAUCACUGUCCACCGCCGCAAAUACAGAUACAUCAGCGAGCUGAGACUAGUGAGGGUUCUCGGCUCAGAGGGCGGGAUCUAUAAGUUCUCAGCCGGUCAUGAGGAUGCAUCUGUCGAUCAUUCAUUCCACGUGUACGUUAACAGUAAGCCUGUUAUCAUCGCCCAGGAGGGGCCCAUUGAUGGACAGGUGCGAUGCAUUGCUGCAGGUUACCCGGUCCCUAAAAUCAGCUGGUACUUCUGUGAGCUGCCCCACACGAGGUGCUCACACCUGCCCAAUGCCACCCAAUGGGAGAAUCCAGAGGUCACCAUGGUGACAGAGUCUGCAUUUGGCAGGAGUGAGGUGGAGAGCCGACUGAACGUCAGCAAGGAGCACACACACUACCAUACCCUGGAGUGUGUGGCAAGUACAGAGGGGGAAGAGGCCUACACACUCUUCUCCAUCAGCGAACGCAUCGUCCCCCAUAAACUCUUCACUCCCCUUCUAACUGGCAUGGUGGCUACUGGCAUCUUACUCAGCCUCAUUCUAGUGGUGUUGCUCUAUAAGUACAUACAGAAGCCGAAGUUUCAAAUCCAGUGGAAGGUCAUCGAGAGUAUCCAUGGCAACAACUAUAUUUAUAUUGACCCUACCCAGCUGCCGUAUGACUCCAAAUGGGAGUUCCCUCGUCAGAAACUACGCUUUGGUAAAACCCUGGGCUCUGGGGCUUUUGGAAAGGUAGUGAGGGCCACAGCGUAUGGACUCUGCUCUGCAGAUACUAUCACAACCGUCGCUGUUAAGAUGCUCAAACCCAAUGCUCACUCCACGGAGAAGGAGGCACUGAUGUCAGAGCUGAAGGUUCUCAGUUACCUUGGAAACCACGUGAACAUUGUUAACCUGCUGGGAGCCUGCACUGUCGGAGGCCCAAUUUUGGUGAUCACUGAGUACUGUUGCUAUGGCGACCUUCUCAACUUCCUGCGCAGAAAAAGAAGGUCCUUCCUCAAUUCCCAAGGUGGUGAUGGUUACUAUCGCAACGUCCUGAACCAAUCCGAGCCUACAAGAGAGGUGAUUGGUGCAGGAUACAUGCCCAUGCGUCCCUCUGAGAAAGAAAGGUCUUCCCAGUCAGAUGACAUAGACGAGCUGUCGCUGGACGCUGAAGAUCUCCUCAGCUUUUCCUACCAGGUGGCCAAAGGAAUGGAGUACAUUACUUCUAAGAAUUGUAUUCACAGAGAUCUUGCUGCCAGAAACAUUCUGCUGACUCAUGGCAGGGUGGCAAAAAUCUGCGACUUUGGGCUGGCACGAGAUAUCACCACUGAUGCCAGCUAUGUGCUCCGAGGCAAUGCUCGUCUGCCGGUCAAGUGGAUGUCUCCCGAGAGUAUUUUCGACUGUGUCUACACCUUUGAGAGUGACGUGUGGUCCUAUGGCAUCCUGCUCUGGGAAAUCUUCUCUCUGGGUAACAGUCCAUACCCUGGGAUGCAGGUGGGCUCAGUAUUUUAUAGGAUGAUUCAAGAGGGCCACAGGAUGAGUAGGCCUGAGUUUGCUCCCAUUGAGAUGUAUGACAUGAUGCUGUCCUGCUGGAAUCACGAUCCUUUGAAAAGGCCUUCGUUUAGGAAAUUGGUGGAGAGGACUGAGCUGCUGCUGUCUGAAAACACAAAGAAUGUGUACUUGACACUGAGCAACGCUCCAGGUCCUCCUGAGCAGCAGAGGGCGUCAUCACGGAGGUUGAGCUCUGUCUGCAGCACGACAGCACCCACCCAGCCUUUAUUGCAGAGCACGGCUGACGUCUUCCUGGACUAUGUCUGAGACACACACAUGCACAUGCACAUACACACACACAUUUCCAAUGCACAUACACAAUGCUAUGAAAUAUACAACCCCCCCUACCUCCCUGUUCACUCUCUCCUUUUACUGCACAAACUACAAGAGCCAAAUACAACACUACUAACAACACAAUUCAAACUAACUCUCAAAUGCUGGCCUUCCUGCCUCACACACACACACACCACACACACACAGAUAUUGUGUAUAUACAACCCUGCACCAGGCUCUCAGUGUUGGCCUCUAUCUAAUCUUCCCAUUGGCAUAUUGAUCUCUGUGGUAGGUAUUUUAGGUGCACGUCUAUAUAAAGCAGACUCAAGCACUAACCACUCAUCAGAAACAUCAGCAACGGGAGGAGUUUUGGCUCACAUUCAGCCUUAGAUUACAUCAAAAUGCUUUGGGGAAAACAGAAACUACAAGUACAAGUAAAAUACCUGACCUUGGGAGACGAUAUUGGACUGAGGCAGAGUUGGUGCCUGAUGACGAGACUAUAAGAAUUCUUUUUGUCAGAUAUGUCUCCCAUUGUAAACAACCCAACAUUUUGGGAAAUACACUUUAAUGUUUUGUUGAUGGGAAUUAGGUGAGAGAGUCUCGUGUCUAGCUAGCAGGUAGUUGUCUUAGCUUAACAUAAAGACAGGUAACGGGGGGUUAACAGCUAGUUUGGCUUUGAUGACAGAUCUGCCCACCAGUGUCUCUAAAGCUCACUGGCAUGCUAAGCCAAGGUAACUGUGACCUGGUCGCAGCUUCAUAUUUAGCUAACAGAUGUAAGAGUGACAUUAAUCUUCUCAUCUACAAUAUCUCAGCAAGAAGGUGAAUAAGUGUAUAUCACAAAAUGUCAAACUAUUUCUAUUUCUUUCUGCGAGUCACUAGAUAAACAAAACAGAUGUUGUCUGUAAGCCUACCUUAAAACUGGUUUUAACAGGCCUUGAAAAAAACAAGAUACCUUCUGAUAAGAGACCUGAAGUCUGACAAAUGAGCCAUAGCAAGGUGGCAUGCAAGCUAUAACUCCUGAUAAGAAAAUGAAGCCAUAAGUUACAGAAACACUGAUACCCACCUGUGCGUUGUAGCUUUGAAUACUGUGACUUAUUAAAAAACUUAACUGUGUAUUGCUGUAUGUAUUUUAGAGAUAGUUUUAGUUUAGUCUCUUUAGCAAAGCCACUGUGGCCAGGUGUUUAGGACUGGUUGUGUGCUCUUAUUACUUGAGUUAUGUCAAACAUGUAUGCAAUGUAAAUAAAAUAGAGAUGUGCCUUUAGAUUUUUUUUAAAGUACUGAAUGCAUUUGGUUGUGACACAGUUGUUGUGGAGGGGGCAGCCAGAAGAGAGCUUAUGUGUGCUGGUUUUGAGGUUCUUGCAGUUUUGAUACAGUUGGUUGACUUGUAAUAAUAAAGUACCUGCAAUGGUAGA